AUGUGUACACGGCUAUCUUUAUCAAUAUCCUGUACCUCUCACGGUCUAUUAUCGUGUUUCAAUCUACUUCUUGAACUACAUUUAACUACACUCAGCAAACGGAGAUUCUUCUUUGUCACAUAUAGAUUGAAAUCACUGGCUCCCCUCACUUCGUCCAAUCUAUUUGAGUUUUUUGAUACAACUCCGAUAACUAUUCAACCCUCAAAGACGAUCGCAAUGUUCAAGCUAGGUAUCGGAAAGCGCUAUCUUGGAAGCAUCACAAAGUUCGACACAAAGAAGUUCGUGCAGUCACUCGAAAAGGGUGGCUUCACGACUAAACAAGCAGAGACAGCCGUGGAGAUUGUGAACAAGGCCGUCAACGAUGGUAUCAGUCUGCUAGCGAAGAAUUUAGUGACAGCUGAGAAGCUCAGCUCGGUAGCUUAUCAGCAGAAAGUUGAUUUUGCUAAGCUUAAAGGUGAGCUUCAAACCCUAGACAAGAGUGAGUUCACAAAUCUCAAGAAGGAGCAAGAGCAGCUUAGAACAAACCUAACGAAUUUGCAAAACCGCUUGAGAGAGGAAAUCACGAAGAGUCUGGCCGGUGUUCGGUUGGAUUUAAAUUUGGAAAAGGGCCGUAUCAGAGAAGAGGGCUCUGUGCAUGAGCUGAAGAUUGAAGACACAUACACACGUAUCGACGAGGAGAUUGCAAAUGUGCAGCUGCAGAUCAAAUCGGUUAAAACUCAGGUGACGCAGUGGUUGAUCGGUGUGAGCUCAGGUACUGCAGCUCUUGUCUUUACCUUUUUCCGGUUCUUUGGUUAG